AGUUACGCGCUUGCGCCAGUAGAGCGAACCUGGGAGAGGGAUGGAGACGCCGGGGGCGUCGGCGGGGGCCUUGUUGCUCCCGGCCGUGUCGCGGCCCCGCAGGAAGCGCGCUGCGGGGGAGGCCGGGGCUACGACCAGCAAGCAACGGGUCCUGGACGAGGAAGAAUACAUCGAGGGCCUCCAGACUGUCAUUCAGAGGGACUUCUUUCCUGAUGUGGAGAAUCUGCAGGCCCAGAAGGAGUACUUGGAGGCCGAGGAGAAUGGAGACUUGGAGCGGAUGCGCCAGAUCGCCAUCAAGUUCGGCUCUGCCCUGGGCAAGGUGUCCCGAGAGCCCCCACCGCCCUAUGUGACUCCAGCCACCUUUGAAACCCCUGAGGUGCACACAGGCACCGGAGUGGUGGGCACCAAGUCCCAAAGCCGGGGCCAAGGCGUGGAAGACGGUGAUGGAGAGGCUGGAGAGGAGGAGGAGAAGGAGCCCCUGCCCAGCCUGGAUGUCUUCUUGAGCCGGUACACAAGUGAGGACAACGCCUCCUUCCAGGAGAUCAUGGAGGUGGCCAAGGAGAAGAACCGGGCUCGCCACACGUGGCUGUACGAGGCCGAGGAGGAGUUUGAGAAGAGGCAGAAGGAUAAUCUUGAACUCCCAUCGGCAGAGCACCAAGCCAUUGAGAGCAGCCAGGCUGGCGUGGAGACCUGGAAGUACAAGGCCAAGAACUCCCUCAUGUACUACCCGGAAGGUGUCCCUGAUGAAGAGCAGUUAUUUAAGAAGUCCCGGCAGGUGGUGCAUAAGAACACUCGCUUCCUCGCGGAUCCGUUCAGCCAGGCCCUGAGCAGGUCCCAGCUGCAGCAGGCUGCUGCCCUCAAUGCCCAGCACAAACAGGGCAAGGUGGGCCCUGACGGCAAGGAGCUCAUCCCCCAGGAGUCCCCCAGAGUGGGCGGAUUCGGAUUCGUCGCCACCCCCUCUCCUGCCCCUGGUGUGGAUGAGUCCCCGCUGAUGACCUGGGGAGAGGUCGAGAACACGCCCUUGAGAGUGGAAGGAUCUGAAACCCCCUACGUGGACCGGACGCCGGGGCCGGCCUUCAAGAUCCUGGAGCCGGGCCGCAGGGAGCGGCUGGGGCUAAAGAUGGCCAACGAGGCUGCCGCCAAGAACCGGGCCAAGAAACAGGAGGCCCUGCGGAAAGUGACAGAGAACCUAGCCAGCCUCAGCCCCAAAGGCCUGAGCCCAGCCAUGUCCCCAGCCCUGCAGCGCCUCGUGAGCAGGACAGCCAGCAAGUACACAGACCGAGCCCUGCGGGCCAGCUACACACCAUCCCCAGCGCGCUCCACCCACCUCAAGACCCCAGCCGGUGGGCCGCACACGCCCACGAGCACACCGGCCCCCGGUUCUGCCUCCCGCACACCCCUCAGCCAGGACCCAGCCUCCAUCACGGAUGACCUUCUGCAGCUCCCCGCCCGGCGCAAAGCCUCCGACUUCUUCUAGGGCUGGGCCUGGGCUGGGCCCGUGGAAGCUUCGCGGAGCCUGUAGGGCAGCUGCCCACCCAGCAGAGGACUCCAGCCUUCUGGGGAUUCAGGCCCGGGCCGAAAGCGGUGACUGUCCCGGGAUCCCCAGAAGAAAGGUGCUGUGCCGCAGCCGGGCUGGCACAGGCCUCGCCCCACGGCCCUGGAGGCGCACCCCAGCGCCUUGGUGAUACUGUUCCCUACCAACCCCGCCUGUUUCCCCUUGACUUUCAUUAAAGAGCACCUGGCACAUUA